AUGGAUUGUCUCCUUCUGUACAGUUUCAAUCUCCAAAGCAUCCAACUCUUGAUCCAAAACUUGACAAAGAUCCAUAACUACACUCUCAUGGAUCUUUUGCCACAAGUGAGCACGGAAAAUCUGGAUCAAUGA